AUGUCGGACUCCAAGCAAGACGGCAGCAUCAUCGUCACAGAGGUCAAGGAGGACGGCGACGUCGUCGAGCUGUACAUGCCCAAGGGGCAGCGCGUUGUCGAGGACACGACCGACGCCGUCGACGCAGUCUUUGGCGCGCUCGACGAGAGCACGCAGUCGUACCGCUCUGUCACGAGCUUUGGCGCGUUCGCGCUUAUCACCAAGGCGAACAUCGGCCUCGGGGUGCUCUCCAUCCCGCUCGUGUUCCACGUCAUCGGUAUCGUGCCCGGCGUCAUCUUGAUCAUCUUCAUGGGCUCCAUCGUCGGGUCCACUAUGAUCGGCAGCGUCAAGCUCAAACACCCCGAGGUGUACGGUAUCGCCGACGCGGCGUAUGUCUUUGGCGGGCGCUGGGCCAAGGAGGCAUGGUACCUCUUCUUCUGGCUCUACUGCCUCGUCGCCGUAUCGGGCUCGCUCGUGUCCCUCUCGGCAGCGCUCAACGCCGUCUCGUCCCACGCAGCCUGUACCGCCGUGUGGAUCGGCGUCAUCGCCGUCGCCGGCCUCGCGCUGGGCUUCAUCCCUACCCUGUCGCGCGUCUCGUGGAUCGGAUGGGUCGGCCUCGUCUUCCUAAUCUCCGCGUUGCUCACCCUCACUAUCAGCGUCGGUGUUCAGCCCCGCCCGGCUGAUGCGCCCCGCCCCCCGGCGGCGUGGGACCGUGAUAUCCGUGUCGUGGGCCACCCUAACUUCGGAGAGGCGAUGUGGGCCAUCAGUUCUGUAAGUGUACGGUCUGUGCAUGGCCCCUCACAUCGUGCAGGUGUCAUUCGCAUUCGGAUCUUCGCCAGCGUACUCACCGACCCAAGCUUCAACGUAGUCUCCGAGAUGCGUGAUCCUCGAGCAUACACGCGCGUCCUGAUCGCGUCCAUCAGUAUCACCACCGUCCUUUAUCUCGUCCUCGGCGGCGUCGUCUGCGCUUUCUGUGGACAGUACAUCUCGUCCCCGGCUCUCGGCUCAGCCGGCCCCUUGAUGAAGAAGGUGUGCUAUGGCCUGGCCAUCCCUGCCCUCGGCGCAACGCUUACCAUCUUUGUCCAUCUUGGGGGCAAGCACAUCUUCGUCCGCGUCCUCUCCGGCUCGCACCACUUGACCCAUUCGACCAAGACCCACUGGAUUGUGUGGUCGGCUUGUGUCUUCUCAUCAGCAUUUUUGGGGUACAUCAUCGCAUCAGCAAUCCCCGAUUUUGGCUCGUUUGUCGGGCUCUUCGGUGCCCUCGUCAACCCGGCCGUCGCGAUCGUCCCCUACGGCGCCAUGUGGUGGCACGACAAUUGGCGUCCCGUCAAGCCCGAGCAGCGCACGCUCAAGCUCUGGGCCCUGCUCGCCCUCAACAUUUUUAUUACGUUCACCGGCUUGUUCAUCACCGUUGCCGGGACGUACGGGGCCGUCAUCGAUUUGAUCAAGUCCAGCGCGUCUGGCGGUCCGUGGAGCUGCAAGGACAACUCGGGUGGCAGCUAG